AUUUGAAGAAAGGCGGUUUAAUUAGACGGCGCGUUACACUCUUACUCGUGAUGUCAUCGGUUCUAAAGAACAAGAUUUUGAAACCAUUUCUUAAGUUUACGAAAAACCUUUCUUCAAAUAAACUUCAUAUGAGUUUAUUAAAAGGUGUUUUGGAGUUGGAAACACUAGAAUUAGAAGAAAAUGCUUUAAUGGAGCUUCUUGAUCUGCCAACUUGGUUACUUUUACGUAAAGCAUAUUGUACAAAUGUUGUAGCUAAAAUACACUGGACAAAGUUAAAAACUCAUCCUGUUUUCAUUAGUAUUGAUCUUGUAAAUAUUGAAUUACAAGCGCUCAAUGAACCACGUCCAGCUUCACAAUCGCCUAUAGCUAAUUAUAGAGGCGGAUCUGGCAAAUAUGGGUUCAGUGAUAAAGUAAUUGAUGGAGUUACUAUUCAAGUGAACUCAGUGUUUAUUGAGUUCUUCGCUCAAGCUUUUCAGGGCUCAGUUGAAUUGUCCAGGUUUUGUGUGCUGAGUAAAUCACCGAACUGGCAAAAUUGUUUGUUAAAUUUAAGCACUCUGACAAUGCCACAAUAUGAUUCCAUAUUGAUAUUCAAGGAAGUCUCUUGGGAAUCAGCACGUAUUGUGGCCGAUGGUCUACUAACUGAACUGCAUGGUACACCAGUUAGACUUAUAACAAACCAAUCUCGUGUGCGUUUAACAAUGAAAAAGCGGUUAUCUGAUGGGUCGCUGAUUAGCUCACGUAUUCGUCUUAUACUAGACGAUAUACUUUGGGUAUUCACAUUAUCUCAAGUUGAGGCAGCCAUUGUAUUUGCACGUUCUUUAGAACAUUCAAUACGUUUAGCCAAUGAACAGAGUAAACGAUUCGCAGCAGAGAAAGCUAAGCGACAAACCGUCACUUUGGUUUCAUCAUCAGAAACUCAGUCUUUGGUGAAUAAUAGUUACAGUAACAAUAAUAAUGGUAGUAAUACUAACUAUACUACUAAUAGUAAUAUUUACCCCACGGUAGUAGUACGAAAUACCAAAUGUACAUGGGAUUAUGCAAAUGCUGUGAAUAUGUUUCAUCAAUAUGAUGUUUUGGAAACAUCCUAUCAUUUGAUUGUUAAUCGGACAGAAUUGAACUUUUGUGAUGAAACUAAAGAAAAAAUUCGACUCAAUCCAAACAUUGUGCCGAAUGGAUCAAUGCGAGUUAAUUUAACCACAUUAUCUGUAGAUUGGUAUCCAUAUCAUUUAGAAUUUUCACCAGAAUUACCUUGGCCUGGUUGUCGAGAAUUCUACAGUGCACGUGAUAAUUGGUUAAGAGGUAUUAAUCCUAUACAUUUUACCUAUGGUGGUCGUAGAGUAUUCAGUACAAAUUCUCCAACUGUUUCUACUGAUAAUCAAUUUGUUAUAUUGGAUUGUGGUUUAUUGCAGACAGUGAAUACAUCAAUUUUACAAAGUGUUGGUAUUCUACGAUUAGUUGACAUCACUGUAUCAUGUGUAUCUUAUCCGAAUUCCGUGUUGAAACCGGGUGAUCCAUCUACAUCGUUUUCAAAAUCUUCACAGAUCAAUAAAACAUUUCGCGAUAAUAAUAAUAAUGCACGUAUAAAAGCAGAAAUUCCAAUUGAUAAGAAUAUUUUCAUUGGAUCAGAUAAAUUGUUACAUAAUCUACCUGAUACAUCAUCAUUUCUUACCAUUGAAUUUAAAAAUCAUUAUUGUGUAGAUGAUACACCAAGCUCAAGUUCAUCAAAUCAAUCUUUACCAUGUUCAUUGUUUUGUCAAAUCAAUCCAUUUUAUAUAAAUUUCGAUCCAGAUACUGUUAUAUGGUUGAAUAUAUUUCUAUUGGCAUUACAGUUAAACUUGCUUCGAUUUCAGUCAACUUUCUUAUCCGGCAGAGAUACAAACCAUCCGUCGAAACAACCUAACAGACUAUUUGAUUUAAAUCGAUAUCAUGUACGACUUGAAGCUUUGAUGCCUCGUUUGAUAUUCUCACUAUUUGGACAGUCCAAUCGUCAUACGAAUUCAUCCAAUUGGAUUGGACCACACGCUCUUAUUUUACAAUCAGAUCAAAUUAUCGUACAGUCACUAGCAGCUCCUAUAUCAUCACAUGUCGCUGAUUGUUUGAAAAAGCUGUUAGACAAUUUGCAAUUGAGUUAUGGUCAAUAUGAUACCAGUUGUAUGAGUAAUAAUCCAUUCAUUUCUCAAGCUGUUCCACACAAAUCACCGGAUUUGUCAAAAUUCCAAAAACUAGUUCAGUCAGCUACAGAAUUACAUAGUUUAUGUCCCAAUUUCGAAGAACAAUUUUGGUGCAUUCAUUGUCCAAAUGUGUGGAGUGAAUUUCUUACAAUAAUCGAUAUGACGACAUAUAAUUCUGUCCAUCUUGUUAACAACGAUCAUCGAAUCAAUGAUUGUAUAAUAUACCGUCAAUCAUUAAUUGAAUCUCUUCCUUUGACUAUAUGGUCAUUAAUGCCAAUUGAUGUAUCGGUGCCUUCAACAGUUAUCAACAAGAAUCAACCAUUCAAUCAUUCUCCAAUAUCGUUAAUAAUUGAUAUUGAUAAUAAAUUAAUCCCUAUGGAUUCAAAAUCAUCAUCCUCACAUAUGAUAAACCAAUCAGUAGAUCAAUGUCCAAUCAAGAUCUCUUUAGGUUCUACAGAUCAAUUAUACACUAAUCGUAUUUUAUUAUCACGCCUUAUCAAAUUUUCUACCAUGAACAGUGAAAAACUGAGAAUUCCUGACACAUUAGAUCAAAUCAUAUUUUUGUAUUAUAUAUAUCAGCAAAUUUCUUAUGUACAAACACGUUUGUACUUAGACUAUCAAGAAUUUACACAAAUUACCGAAAGUCUAUCCACAUUAUCAGUCAGUCCACAAUCAAAUCAUAAUCACUAUAAAUUGUUAUAUUGUGUAGGUUUUUCCACACUACGAUCAAUUGAGCUGGACGUAAAUGUUUGUCAUGAAAAUGAAAUUCGUAUGAAACAAGUAUCGUCUCCUAGUUUCACGGAGAAUAAUGUUGACACUAGUCUACCGAAUACUCCAAAUGUAUCUGCUACAAGUGUCAAUUUUUUCCCGAAUAAAUCUUUAUCAACUGCUCUAUUGUCAUCGUCAUCAUCACCAUCAUCUUUAACAAAAUUCUCACAUAAUCCUACUCCACUUUCUGCUGCCACAGUGCUACCGUUGUCGUCGCAGACAUCACUUCGCCAUCAUCAUCCCAUGUUUACACCUUCAUGGGAUUCGUUAUCAUUAAAAACCGAAGGUUCUGUGUUAGACAGUAGUAAAUUAAAUAGAACUAAUCUUCGGAGAUCAAUGGGUGGGCGCAUUAAUUCCUCAGAUGAUAGUCCACAAUCUUUAUUACAAAAUGAUUGUGAUUGUAGUAUUGGGACUACUGAUAGCAUUAAUAAUAACAGUAAUAGAUGUACGAAUAAGUUAGUAAAUUCCGAUUUACCAUCACCCAAAAGGUUUUUAAUAAAACGUAAAACUCACUCAACAGUUACGUUUGUCAAUAAAAAAAAUGAAUGUAAUGCGGUUGAUCGAAACAAAGAGUCACAAAAUAAACAUCUCUCUGAACAAGAUCUUUUUAUGCUUAAUCCUGUUGCGGAUGGAGUUUGGGCAAACAAUUCAUCUAAAAAUAACAUAAGUCAACAGUUUUCUAUUUCCAGUGAUUUAUCUGAUCUACAAAGUACAUCCAGUUCGAUGGAUGAUUGGACUAAGCCAUAUGAAGUUUUAUCUAAUUUGAAUUCAUCGUGUACAUAUCAAACUGACGAUAUGUUAUGGCCACCUCUUAAUCAUCAGCAUCUGCUCAACUCUUCAUCAUUUCUAUUAAGUCCAGAUGAGAUUGGUUCAGAAUUGUUAGACGUAGAUGUCUUCGCACCAUAUACGUCGAAUACUCCCGAUGCAGCUACUACUACUACUACUGGUCUGACAGCAGCAAUGGAACAGUAUCAAGAGCCAAAAUCAGAGGAAAAUAUUACUGAUCAUGAUAGAUUUCGUCAAUGGAAAAAGUCAAAUAUAUCGAGUGUAAUCAUACAGUUGGCUGGAUUUUCAUUUGAAGCGGAUGCUAUGAAUUUAGAAACACGUUUUUGGAUUGUAUUUAAAUCACUUCAAUUAUUUAUGAAACCAGAAGAAUCACUUCAUUGUUCCAUCGCUUCAUCUCGUGCUGAACCUGACCAAAAACAACAUAAUAAAUUUGUACAAUCUGAUUAUUUAUGGUCAGUUUUCCUAAGUUUUGGUGGUGAUCCAACGGUUGGACUAACAAAACUAAAGCCUACAACUAGUGAUAUUUAUCCAUGGUUAUAUGCCAAUGCUACUUUAUUAAAAAAUUGGAGACUCAUUAUUCCAUCAAAUAUUCAACAAUUAUUUAUUCACGUAUGGCAUCAAAUUGGCGGCCAUGAAAACAUAAAUCCAUUAAAUUCUUCUCUGUGUAGUAGCAUCCAUGGAGUUAGUGUGGAUAAUAAUGAUAAUAACGAUCCAAUUAAUUCACCUCCAAGAUGUUCAAUUCGUUUAUUGUUAAAACAAGGAAAUUUAUCGCUGAAACUGGAAUCAGGUGCCAAUGAAAAUCCAGAACAAUUAAAACUCUUCAGACAGUUGUUUCUGCAACAGGGAUUGAUUAUUGAACUAACAGAAUAUGGCGUAUUUCAAAUUGGAUUUGAAAAAUGCACGUCGAAUAUGGAACAAAAUAAUAAGGAAUGUGUUAAUCAUUGUCGCAACCGUGCAAAGAGUAUUGACAAUGAGUUAUUAUCCUCCUACUCUCCAGUAAAUAUACCCAGUGCUUUUCAUAAUAUCCUAAUCAAUCGAUAUGCAUUCGAGAAUAAAAUAUUGAAAGAUAAGUAUACCAAGCAUCAAAAGACAUUUAUGCCAAUUAUUUCAAUCAGUAAUGGCAUUGCACAACGGUCCUGAUCUUAUGAGUGUUGCUGCCAGCCCCCAAAUAUAUUAUGGUAGUUCGAAAGCAGAACUAAAUUUUAGAGUAGCUUAUGAAUUAAUAUUUGAUCACUGAGCAAUUUAUGAAACUAUACGCCGCCACAGCUUAUAAUUGAGGGGUCACAAUUAUCAUUCAGAUGGUUAAAUCGAAAUCCAUUUUAACCUGCAACCUAAUUCUGUUGUAAUUUCGUAACCCCUGCCCUAUGAGACUACUCAUGAAAAUGCAAAAGUUAACCAUUUGUUAGUAACCAAGUAUUGACCAAUUUGGCUCCAAACCAUAAAUUUUCGAUCCAAGCUGAAUUAAGCAAAGUCAAGUUACGAACUUCUAACCCAAUAGUUGAAAUUUGAUUGUUCUUAUCAGUGCAUUUGACAUUUUUAUAUACCAUUUAAUUGGACACACAUAUAUUCUGUACCCACCUAGUAAGGAUGUUAAUAAAAUGCUCAAACUAAUAACGUAUAUGUGCUGAAAAGCUUGUAUAUAUAUCUCUAGUUGAAGUCAGUCGAUGAUAUGAACUUCCUUGAAAUCUAACAACCUCCAUGAACGAGCGGCUUUGAGUGAUUGUCUCGCUGUAUAGAAAAUUAACAAAUAUUCAGAAUGUAUAAUACUGGAUGUUGAUUUAGGGUGUGAGUUCGUACUACUUGGAGGAAGCAGUUAUGUAGUCAACCCUCGCUUUCAUUGUUUAUCUAAUUGAUGCCAAUUCGUGAUAAAACCCAACUAACAAACACAUCUUCAUAAAUCACAUAUCUUAAUGGAUUUUAUAAUGAUUAUUAUUGUAGAUUGAGGCCUUGACAAAUGAGUUAAUGAAACUAAGAUCAAUGCAUAAUGCUUAAUACUCAUCAACGAUUCCGAAAAUAUGAUUUACCAUAUAUUUAUGGAAUACUGCAAAUUAUACAGGCAUUUCUCCUUUUGACAAUUAACCAUUUUAAUGACUGAAUUCUUUCUAUCGAAAAAUUGGUUUUCCAUGUGAGAGUGAAUAUCGCUAAAUCUUUAGUACAGAAAAACUAAUGGUGUUCAUAAUUUUAAUCAGAAAUCAAAGUAUUCCUGUUCUUUUUUCUUCCGAUCAUUAACUCAUAACAAUGUACAUGUCAGUGCACUUGUCUGUUCAUCACUCGUGGACAGAUCCCUGAUAGGAAAUUCUUUUUUAGAUGUACAUAGUUAUUUCUCAAUCACCAUAAAUUAGACUAUUUGUUUACAGUUUGUUUUGGUUUUCACUUAUCGAUUUAUUUAGUAAUUUCUUUGUCCAUGGACUUAUCUUGUACUUUUUUUCUCGGGUCACUUUCUUUGUCUUACCAUUUAUUGAUUUAUCGAAUUCCAAACAUAUUGACUGCUUUUUUUGUAAUGAGCAUUCUCUAAUU